CAAAAGGAAAAAGUAAAAGUAAAAGAAAAACCCUGCGUUCUGUAGCCAAAAAAAAUGGUUGGUUUCGUAGGAAAUAGGCAACAAAAAGGGCGGAGAACGAUGUCUUAACACCUAAAGUUCUUUCUUCAAUUAGAGAAUUGAAAAUAGAAAAGUAUGAACAAGAAAGGGUUGUCCAUUUUGAUGCGAACCAGAAUGAGGCCUACGCCUAACGACUCAACAAACCUCCCUCACUCUCCUAUGAAUAACUUGGUGAAUCAAAAGCUGUUCGAUUCGGAAGAAAAUCGAUCAAAUGGACGUGUUGAAGGAUAUGUUUCAGAACAAGGAAACAAUAAUCCCGAUGCUUCCCUCAAUGCUCAGAGGAAUUUCGAGCAUGUACGGGAAUCGAUGCACUCGGCAAUAUCAAUGAACAAAACUGAAGUUUUAGACUCUGUGCUGAAUGAUUUCUCUGAGGGCUAUUUUAGUUUGUCAUAUGAAAAUCGUCGGAGAUUACUCCUUGUGCUUGCCAAGGAAUAUGAUCUCAAUAGGACACAGGUGCGUGAAUUGAUAAAGCAGUAUCUUGGACUUCAGCUUCCAUCAGGUGAAAAUGCACAAUCAGGUGGCAUAGAGGAGGAUGGUAUGCUUUCGUCUUUUUAUCGUAUUGAAAGAAAUUUGAGACAUGCUCUCAAGCCAAUGUAUGAAGUUCUAUUUGAGCGUCUCAACACUCAUCCGGGGGGUUUGAAGUUCUUGUCCAUUCUUCGAUCAGAUAUUCUAUCCAUUAUCGCAGCGGAAAACUUUACAUCUUUGCGAGCCCUGGAUUCCUAUUUAAAGGAGAAGCUUAGUACAUGGUUGAGCCCUGCAGCUUUAGAGCUCCAUCAUAUCACAUGGGAUGAUUCUGCCUCAUUGCUUGAAAAGAUUGUGGCUUUUGAGGCUGUGCACCCAAUCAGCAACCUUAUAGAUCUUAAGAGAAGGCUGGGAGUCGGUCGCCGUUGUUUUGGAUAUUUACAUCCUGCAAUACCUGGUGAACCCCUUAUCUUCAUUGAAGUUGCACUUAUGAAGUAUAUUGCUCAAACAAUACAGGAAGUUUUGCGGGAUGAUCCUCCCAUACCUGAAUGUGAGGCUACUUGUGCAUUAUUUUACUCCAUAUCAUCAACUCAGCCAGGCUUAUCAGGUAUUAACCUUGGGAAAUUUCUUAUCAAGCGUGUUAUUACACUUGUAAAAAGAGACAUGCCACAUAUUUCUACAUUUGCAACCCUUAGCCCGAUCCCGGGAUACAUGCCAUGGCUCUUAUCUAAGUUGGCAUCUCAACUAAAGCUUGUUGAAGGAGAAGAAACAUCAUAUUCAUCAUUAGAUUCUGGUUCAACAUUUCGGGAGAAUAUACUUGAACCUGAAGAAGAAAGUCAGGUCAUAGAAGCUUCAAGUGAAUUCAUUGUGGGAAACAAUGGAAUGGAAGUGAUGUACAGAUUGCUGGCUUCAACAAACUAUGAGUGGACUAAAUCGGCUAAAUUGCUUUCAGCAUUGGAAACCCCUCUAAUUCGGCUUUGUGCAAGGUACCUUUUGCAAGAGAAAAAGAGAGGAAAAGCUCUUGAUUCUGUAGCAAACUUUCACUUGCAGAAUGGAGCAAUGAUUGAAAGAAUAAAUUGGAUGGCUGAUCGUUCAGAAAAAGGCCUACGUCAAAGUGGGGGAAUCAUGGUGAACUAUGUUUACAGGGUUGAGAGCAUUGAAGAAUAUGCUCAGUCAUAUUUCAGCACAGGGCACGUACAUGCUUCUAGCAACCUUCGGCACUAUGUUGAGGCGAAGGCAGAACCUGAAGGACGAUGAACUAAGCAAAGAUAGCAUGGCGAUUCGUGACUGUACAUGCAUUGCUUGUAAUGUGUCUUAAUGUAAUGUCUUUGUUGUCAAUUGAUUUCUAUAUGUAUAUAUAUAUAUAUUUUGGGUUGUUUGUAUAAUAAUUUGGAAAGGUAUAUGUAUAUUUGCGUAAAUGGUAAAUAUUUUUUGUGUCCGCUAUCAAGAUGGAUGCUGCCAUGGAAAAAACUGUAAACAAAUGAUUACGUUGCAAAGGUAUCUAAGUCAAUAUAAUUCUUCAUUUA